CAGUAAGUCAAUUUAAUGCUAUAGCCGUUUUGCUGUCUGGCGAUAUGUCUCGUCAAUGUCGUAACAGCCGCGACACAUUCUGCUAUAUCUGUGGCGAAUAUACACUUGCGUCUCAGAGACGUUCUAUAACUGCUCUUGUGAAGAAAGAUUAUCAUCUGUAUUUCGGCUGCAAAAUUGGUGACCAAGACAAGGAAUGGGCGCCUCACAUUUGCUGCACAACAUGCGCUGUCAAUCUAAGAGCCUGGCUCAGAGGCACUCGUAAGAGUAUGCCGUUUGCUGUUCCGAUGAUCUGGCGAGAACAAAAAGACCAUGUGACGGACUGUUAUUUUUGUUUGACUAAUGUAUCUGGUUUCUCUGCCAAAAACAAGAAGUCAAUUGAAUAUCUUAAUCUGCCUUCAGCAAUGAGACCUGUGCCACAUGACGACAGUCUCCCAAUUCCGAAACCACCCGAGGAUUGGACCUUAGACGAACCAGAUGAAGAAACUCCAGUGCAGGGUACUGACAGUGACACUGACCCAAAUUUUGAACCUUGCUCAUCAGGUGAUCCACAUCUGAUAACACAGUCAGAAUUGAACGAUUUGGUCAGAGAUUUGGGUCUGUCAAAAGCAAAAGCCGAGUUGCUGGGUUCCAGGCUGCAGGGAUGGUGUCUGCUGUCACCAGGUACGAAAAUGUCUAUGUUUAGAAGCCGACAUCAUGAUAUCACCAAAUUUUUUGCACAAGUCGACAGUCUCUGUUUCUGUUGUAACAUUGAAGGAUUGUUCUCGGCCUUGGGUUGUGAUCACAAUCCGGAAGAGUGGCGUCUCUUCAUUGAUUCGUCAAUGCUAAGCCUGAAAGCUGUUCUGCUACACAAUGGCAAUGUUUAUCCGUCAGUACCUGUUGGCUACGCAGCACACAUGAAGGAAACGUAUGAGAAUAUGGAACUGUUGCUCAACCACAUCCAGUAUAGCAGGUACAACUGGAAUAUCUGUGGAGAUCUGAAAGUCGUUGCUCUGUUACUGGGACUGCAGCUCGGCUAUACCAAGUACUGUUGUUUCAUCUGUGAAUGGGACAGCCGUGCCAAAGAGUCACAUUAUUGUCGACAGAGCUGGCCACUCCGCAAAAAGUUAGUUCCAGGACAGAAAAAUGUUGCACACGAACCGCUUGUCGAGCCGGCAAAGAUAUUUUUGCCUCCUCUACACAUAAAACUUGGACUCAUGAAGAAUUUUGUGAAAGCACUGAACAAGGAAGGCGAAGGUUUUCGCUAUUUAAGACAGAUGUUUCCAAGAAUAAGUGACGCGAAGAUCAAAGAAGGCAUUUUUGUUGGUCCCCAGAUCAGACAUGUUAUGAGUGACAAGCGGUUUGAAGAGCUGUUAGUUAGCCAGGAAAAAAUUGCCAGGAAAGCCUUCAAAGACGUUGUUGACAAUUUUCUGGGCAAUUACAGAGCGCCAAACUACGUUGAAGUCGUAGACAAACUUCUCCGCGCAUACCAGAAAAUGAAGUGCAACAUGUCACUCAAGAUUCAUUUCCUUCACUCACACUUGGACUUCUUCCCCGUGAAUCUCGGUGAGCGGUUUCACCAGGACAUUGCUACAAUGGAGAAACGAUACCAGGGCAACUGGAAUCCGUCAAUGCUUGCUGACUACUGUUGGACACUGCAACGUGAUGCACCAGAAGUUGAAUACAAAAGAAAAUCAGGAGCAAAACAUUUUUAAUUCUGUUGAACUUGAUUAAACGUGAUUAAAUAGUUUUCACUCUCGCUGCGGCUGCGCAUCAAAAGCGCACUCACUCACUCACUCGGUGACGUAGACUCAGGGGCGGGGCUAACACUUUGUAAACAAGGCUGUGUUCCGAAUCACACUUCGCUCCCCAUUCCACUCACCCUGCAUAGUGCCCUCGUGGUGAUAUGUUUAUUCUGUGCUAAAUCUAAUGUAUUUGCUGUAUAUUAUAUUAUAAAGUCUUGUGUGCUUAUUAAUCAUCA